GAGGCGGAGAGCGCCGCAGUCACGCUGCCGCAUCUCCAGGCGUCGCACCCGGCGGCGCCGCCGCCGCCCCGCGCAGGCCGUGCCCGCCGGCGCGGCGCUGGGGCCGGCCCCGGCGGCUGCCCGGGCAGACGCCGAGUCCUGCCCCACGGGCUCGUCGGCGAUCAGCCAGUCCUGCCCCGCGAGCUCGUCGGCGACGGGCUCGUCGGCGACCCAGCCCUGCCACGCGCGCUCGUCGGCGAGCUCGUCAGACCGCGCGCCGUCCUGCGACGACGACUGGCUGCCCGCGGCGGCGAAGGAGGACUGCGCGUUCGUCCAGGAGGUCGGGUACUCGUGGGGCCCGGGGGGCACGAAGGUGCGGCUCCUGCGGCUCAGGCUCUGAGGAGCAUGACUGCCCAGGCCUCCGGCGUUGUGCGUUUCCCUAUACCCUCCUGUGUUGGGAAUCCCUCCUACCCACCUCCUCCCUCCUGCCUGCCGUCCUCUGGAAGAAAGGGGCUGAUGUGCGGGAAGCUGUCGCGACCCAGCGGGGGUAUCCAGACGGGGCCUCGCCCUCCCUGGGUGGUCGGUAAUUCCGCCAUCGUCGCCAUUUUCGAUGGCGUUUUGGAGGUCCAGCGGAGCGGUGUCCCACGCAGAUCCGUGCAGGGCAUCGCCCUCCCUGUGGGUGGCUGGUAGCUGCGCCACGGGUCGCCGCUUUUGGCCUCCCGGAAUCACGCAGGAUUGGAAGCCGCUCCGAUGUUUACAUUGUAGCGAUAUAUUUUUAAUUUGCGCGCAACGUGCACUUCAUGUCGUGUAUUAUGCGCUGCCUCGAUUCUUUCACAUUCGCAAGCAGCCUGCUGUUUUUACCACUACCCGAGCUCGCAUCGGGAAAUACUCCCUGACGCUCGCACGUGGAAAUCUCAGUGGCGACUUGAGGUCCUAUACAACUCGUUGAAUCAUCUGACGCCGUGGCGCAACAAGGACGUUUUAGUGUCUAUCCUCGUUCUCGUUUGCGGAGCUAUGCGAAACACCCAGAGGGUCUGUGUCUGUAGCGCGUAGCAGUUGCUCAUGGCAGCGCUGGGCGGAAUCGCGGGGCACAUGCCCUCUCAUGCCGGUUCCAGGGUUUCCUUCUUCGAGGUCUGAAUUGUGUGAUUUCGUUGCGCAGCUCAGACGCUUACCACGGCAGUUGCCUCCCGCUCGUGAGCAGAGAAAAAACAGCAAGACCG